AAAUUGAGAUCCCAUCUGCGUCGGUUCUACUCUGUUUCUCUGAUUUCCAGAAGAGGGGGCAAGGGGAAAAGGAACCCUGUUUUCUGGAUAGGAACUGAAGUCACGGAACUUUGUUUCCUUUGUUUGGGGGAUCGCUUAAAUUCCUGCACAAAGCGGAACUACGUGACCGUUGAGGAAAGGGCAAAGCAUGAAGAAGUUAAAGCUUAAAGAACUUGAAAGUUGUUUGCAACAAGCUGAUGUCUUUGAGAAUCCGAAACUCCUGCUUGAACAAUACCCAACACGGCCACAUAUUGCAGCAUGUAUGCUUUAUACGAUUCAUAAUACAUUUGAUGAUAUUGAAAACAAAAUUGUUGCAGAUCUUGGAUGUGGUUGUGGCAUACUGAGCAUUGGAAGUGCCAUGUUGGGAGCAGGGUUAUGUAUAGGAUUCGAUAUAGAUGCCAAUGCCCUGGCAGUAUUUAACAGGAAUACUGAAGAAUUUGACCUCACAAAUAUUGACAUGGUUCAGUGCAACGUAUGUUCUUUGCCUGACAAAAUGCCCAAAACAUUUGAUACAGUUAUUAUGAAUCCUCCCUUUGGAACUAAGCACAAUAAAGGCAUGGACAUGGCUUUUCUCAAGACAGCACUGCAGAUGGCAAGGAUAGCUGUAUAUUCCUUACACAAAACAUCAACUCGGCAACAUAUUCAGAAAAAAGCAGAUGAAUGGAAAAUAGAAAUGGAAAUUUUAGCAGAACUGAAAUAUGACCUACCAGCAUCAUAUAAAUUCCACAAGAAAAAAUCAGUAGACAUCGAAGUAGAUUUUAUCAGAUUCUCUUGUGAAAAAAAAUGAUGGAGGAAUGACUUAAAACUUCAUUAAAAAUAAUAAAAAUAGCAUUAAAUGCUUUUUGAAGUAUUA